UAGGCGACGGUUUUAUUUCUGUAAGGGGAUAAUUAAAAAUAUAUAUUUUAAAUAGUGUUUAGUUGUUAAGCAACGAUUAAGAGUUAGAUAUGCAUCAUGCAUAUUUAUGCCGUUACAACUAAGAUGCUAGUCGUCUCACUGGUUUGAAGUGUGCAAUAUUACGUGUGUGUAGUCGGGGGGGGUCCUCUUUAGGAAAAAAAAUAGGAGAGAGAGAGAAGAGAGCGAGAGAAAGGAGGAGGAGUUAUUGUCUCCUCUCGGUACCGACUUGUCUCUAAUUAGCCAGCCCCCGUCUUGCUGCGCUCAGUACAGCAACCUCACCUCAACUCACCAUCACUAGCUGAAGGAAGACCGUCUUAAGGUUCUUCUAGCGACGGAGUGUCGAGCACAACUGGACAAACAACAAACAGAUCACGGUGUCAAAGGCACCAGAAGGGACGCCGGAACUUUUCACUUGCAGUCUGGACUCGGGAGCUCCAGCGUCGGACUGUAAACUUGAGAACAAAACGGAAGCAACUGGAAAACAACAACAAUAACAACAAAAAUAAAACUCAAAGAGUGAAAACUAAAGACUGAAAUACUCCCCCCAGCAAACAGAAGAAAGAUCCGGCCCCCGACGCGAGUGAGAGGGAGGGAGAGAGAGAGCGAGAGAGAGAGAGCGCGUUUAUAGCCGGCACAGACAUGAUGUCCUACAUUAAGCAGCCUCAUUACGCCGUGAACGGGUUAACUCUGUCCGGCCCGGGUAUGGACCUGCUACACUCAGCUGUUGGCUACCCAAAUACCCCACGGAAGCAGCGCAGAGAGCGGACUACCUUUACCCGCGCGCAGCUAGACAUCCUCGAGGCUCUGUUUGCCAAGACGCGCUACCCUGACAUCUUCAUGAGGGAGGAGGUGGCCCUCAAAAUCAACCUGCCUGAGUCUCGCGUACAGGUGUGGUUCAAGAACCGCCGUGCCAAGUGCCGCCAACAACAACAGCAGAGCAGUGGCCAGUCCAAACCCCGUCCACCCAAGAAGAAGGCAUCUCCAGCCCAGGAGGCCAAUUCUGAGCCCAAUGCUAACACCAGUGGGCCCUACAGCCCAGUUCCGCCCCCACCAGGCACUGCUAUCACCCCUAGCUCUAGCAGUGCUAGCGCCACGGUGUCUAUUUGGAGCCCAGCAUCCAUCUCCCCACUGCCUGAUCCACUGUCAGCCUCAACCACACCCUGCAUGCAGCGUUCCACUGCCUAUCCCAUGACCUACACCCAGGCUCCCGCCUACAGCCAGAGCUAUGCUGGCUCCUCCUCCUACUUCACUGGCCUGGACUGCAGCUCCUACCUCUCACCCAUGCACCCACAGCUGUCCGCCACCGGAGGGGCACUGAGCCCCAUCACUGCCUCCUCCAUGGGGGGACCUCUCAGUCAGUCUCCAGCCUCCCUGUCCUCUCAGGGCUACACUGCAGCCUCACUGGGCUUCGGUGCCGUUGACUGCCUCGACUACAAGGACCAAACUGCCUCCUGGAAACUCAACUUCAAUGCAGCAGACUGCCUAGACUACAAAGACCAGAACUCCUGGAAGUUCCAAGUCUUGUAGAACAGGGGCUGCAAGGAAAGAGAAGAGAAUAGUAUUUUUUUUUUUUUUACAGUGCAAGACUUGCAAAGGUGUUCCAAUCAAUUCAGUAUGGCACCAUUUUACAGUGAAUAUAGUGGUCAGCAUCAUUCUUUUUCAUGUGUAAUCAAUGAGUAUUAAAAUCAUCUUAAUGCCUGAAUGUUUGAUUUGUAAUGAUAAUUAGAAAGACCAGCUUGACCACGCAACUCAACAAUGACCUUUGUCAGAUUAUACAUUUUUCCAAAGACAAAAGAACAAUUGACAAUGAGUAUUAGGUUUGUGCAGCUAGGUGUUAUACAGCAGUGGGAUCAACAUUCAAAGGUAGAGGUAAAGUUAAAAGGAACGUUUUGCAAAUCUAUUCAAUUAUUUGGCUUGCGUAGAACAACCACAAGACAUGAAUGCUAAAGGAAAGCAAAAAUGAAUUUAAAAGUUGUUUUAGAUUUAUUAAUUGCAUGUAUUUGUUGUUUUUAAUCAGCAGUAUUAGUAAAAAAUAAAUAAUUGCUGUAAUAUGUAGGUCAAUCCUGGUGAUGCAGGAUCAAGAAAUUUGUACAUGAUUGUAUGUGAUUUUUUUU